CUUUUUCUUCCAGGAAGCUGUCUUCAAUUACAAAGCUACUCUUUGGUGCAUCCUGAUAGCAGAUGGCACACUCACAGAAAGAAGAGCUUAGUGCUGGUGUGUGCAGGAGGCCCAGUGUGGAUGGGACAGAGUCAGGGCAGGUGCAGCAGUUUCACCCGUACCUCCCACUGUUCAGUGACAGGACCAGGGUUCAUGUCACUAUCCCACAAUGUGCCCCUCCCCCUCCUGCCCGCUGUGGACCCGACCUGCGCAGUCCUCACAGCAACUCCUGGGGCAGUAACAAUCAGUUUUCAUCAACUUGUCAAGAAAGCCCCUCUCAGUUCCCCAAACCCAUCUACUCAUACAGCAUCCUAAUCUUUAUGGCUCUGAAGAACAGCAAAACUGGAAGCCUGCCAGUCAGCGAGAUCUAUAGCUUCAUGACAGAACACUUCCCAUAUUUUAAGACAGCUCCUGAUGGUUGGAAGAACUCUGUACGACACAACCUGUCCCUGAACAAGUGCUUUGAGAAAGUAGAGAACAAAAAUGGAAACACAUCUCGUAAAGGUUGUCUGUGGGCCCUAAAUCCGGCCAAAGUGGACAAAAUGCAGGAAGAGCUUCACAAGUGGCGGCGCAAGGACCCAGGAACAGUACGCCGGAGCAUGGCCAAACCAGAAGAUCUGGACCAUCUGCUCGGGGAAAAGCCAAAUAAAUUCAAAACACUAUCCACUUGUAAUACCAUGUCAGCACGAGCCCACAUGUACACCACUGCGUCAUGUUACAGCUCAGAGCACCCCAGACCUCCGUGCUCUUACUCACAACAUUACCCAAAAUCCCAAUACCACUCCCACUCUACCCCUAAUCCCGACCUCUCAUACCCCCUGUGCCCUCCCUAUAGCCAGCACAUGUUACCCCCUCGCUGCCUGAAGAUACCCCCAGCCUACAGCGAGAUCCCUCAUGAUGGACACAGUGGUAGGAGUAUGUACGAACUACUCUUGGACGGAGACACUGGCUGUGACAUUGACACCCUCAAUCCCAGCCUGACCGACCUGCAGCUGCAAGGUAGCUUAUGGGAGGAGUUAAAGGAGGACAGUGCUCGAGUUGUUCCCUCUUUGAGCCCAUCCACAGUGGAGACUGUUACUGAGCAGAACAGCUACCUGCAGCCGACUGUCCCUCCCACUUCUGAGGACAUGACCAUCUUAAACAAGGCCCAUUAUGUGGACAAGGACUCGGAGAGGCUUUGGGGACAAGCCCAAAACUACCCGAACGGACAUCCCCUCGGAGUCUAUUCAGGAAAGGAUAGUUUUGCUGGAACUUUGACCUCCUGUGCAACCUUAAUGUGA